AUUUCUCCUCUUUUCUACAGAAUCUUUAGGAAAUACUAGGAAAAGACCGGAACGAGUGCAUGGCGAAAAACGGAUCGGGAAAUUGGUUAAGCGAUGAGCAGUCGUCCUAGUACCGCGCGAGGUACAGGUUCUUCUGCAGCCGCCGCGGAAAUAGAGCAAGAAAAAGAAGUGCCGGAGCGACCAAAGAAUAUCCUUCAUACUUAUCCACUUAUUCGACAAAGUGAUAUGAGCGAUGAUAUGAAAGCGGAGACCGUCGAGUUGAUCGUGACUGCUUGCGAGAAACAUUCUUCAAACAAUGAGAAUGCUGCUCGAAUGGUAAAAGAAGAAAUGGAUAGGAAAUACGGAUCUUCUUGGCACGUCGUCGUAGGAGAAGGUUUUGGGUUUGACAUCUCGUUCGAAAGCAAGAAUAUGCUGUAUCUGUUUUUUGGUGGAAACUUGGGAAUCUGCGUGUGGAAGUGCUCUUAA